AAAUCGUCUAAUUUCUUUUAAACAUUAACUGCAAAAAUACUAUCCACUACUACGGUGCAACGGCAGUAAUUAAGGCUGAUUAAAUAAAAGACAUAUUGUUUGAAUAAGUUUAACUGAAAAUUUUUAAUCUUAUCAGAUAACGACAUUAACGUAGUUGCUAUUAUCAGUUUCCAAUAUGUCGCAGGAUGAGUUAAGUAAUGUCAAUGCGAAUGAUUUAAAAGAUCUUAAGGAUCGCAUGAAACUUAUAGUUGAAGCAGAUCCCAAACAAUAUCACAACGAUUUUUCCUUAAAGAGAUACAUGAGAGCUUUCAAAAAUGUAGAUGCCGCUUUUCAAGCUAUCUUAAAAACGAACAAAUGGCGUGAACAAUAUGGAGUAAGCACGCUUGGAGAUUCAGAUGCUAUUAAAAUACAUGGAAAUAAAGCGCGAGUUUUACGCCACCGUGACUGCAUUGGACGUCCAGUCAUUUAUAUACCUGCAAAAAAUCACAAUUCCAACGACCGUGAUAUAGAUGAGUUGACCAAAUUCAUAGUAUACUGCCUGGAGGAGGCUUGUAAAAAAUGUUUUGAAGAAGUAGUGGAUAGUUUGUGCAUUGUUUUCGAUUUAGCUGGGUUCAGUACGGCUUGUAUGGAUUACCAGCUGGUGAAAAAUUUGAUUUGGCUGUUAAGUAAACAUUACCCUGAACGUUUAGGUGUAUGCUUGAUUAUAAACGCACCGGGUAUAUUUUCUACCAUAUGGCCAGUAAUUAGACAAUGGCUCGAUGAAAAUACAGCAAAGAAAGUAAUUAUUGUGGAUAACGAGAUUGAUUUGUGCAAAUAUUUAAUACCAGACAUUUUACCAACUGAUAUGUAAUCAGCAAUACAAUUUUACAAAAAGGUAAUAUCCACGUACCGACAAAAUGAAUGUACAUAUGUACCUCCAAAACGAUUUUAUGUAAAAUGUGACAAACAUACAAAUUUUAAGUAACAAUAAUAAAUUAAUCCAGUGUAAUUGUAUAAGUAAACUUUGGUAGUUAAAUAUUCCCAAUGAUUUAUGGUAUCUGUGAGUAGAAAUAUAACAUACAUAUGUACAUAUAUACAUACAUGCCCUACUUUAUAAAUAUGUAUUAGAUGCAACGGCUCUCAACUGUUAUGUUUAUGAAUAUAUGUAUGUCAUUCCAAUAAUCGAUUAAUAAACAAAGGUUAUAAAUGUUGAAUCA